UCAUUACGUAUUCACUUUUUCAAAGUUCAACCUACGCCGAGGGCAUUGCGUGGGUAUAUAUCGGACUCUUACCACCUAAGAAAACCCCGUUACCUACAGUUAGCUAAGUCAGGGUUACGCAGAGCAUGCCUGUGCGAUCCCAUGACUCUGGCUUAGGUUACCCACGCACGAGGCAUAGCGAUGGUAUAUGUUGAUGUUACCUGACUAAAACACCCCGGGCAUCCACAUUUACCCAAGCUAGAGUCAGUGGCUCUAGUAUAGCUAACCUAACGCAACAAGCUUCAUCUAAAACCUUAACCCUUCCAUCUUGUUCCAGGCUAACCAUGCAACGGCUGCUAAGCAUCACACUCAUCACCAUCGCAGCCGACCAAGUCUACACACAAGAGGACCGCGAACACCAGGGGCCGCAAACCUGCGGUGGCCACCUUAAAGGCACCGUAGGCGUCAUACAAACACCAAACUUCCCGAACCCGUUCCCAGUCCCUAUAAAGUGCAAAUGGAUAAUAGAACACGAUAUAGUUAAUGGGACUAUAUCGAUAUAUUUUACGCAACAAUACACGACCAGUGGGUUGACGUUUACUGAGUAUAUGUAUUACGAUGAGUCGUAUAAGUUGGGGGAGAGGAGGGCGCUUACUAUCACGGAGGAGAAUAUCACUAGGAUUAAAUGGUUACAGGUAUGUCCAAACCAGAAUGUCAAUCAACCACUAAUUCUGCUUCAUAAAAGGUACCGAAAAAUCUUUAUAAUGAAAAACAAAUAGAACACUUAAUUUAGAUUAAUUCAAUCUAACACCACAGAAGAUACACUUCCCAACUAUUUCACAAAUCCUAUUCAAUUCAUAGCGUAGGAAAUUUAAUUUAGUGACUGCAGUACUCCUCUCAUUGCAUUAAAUCAUAAAAUAUUCCAACGCUUCUGUUUAGGACAUUAUUCAAAAACGCGCAACAAUGUAUUUCAGUCACUGCUGUGGAAUAAAUAAGGCUUUAUACGUAUCUUCCUCACACAGCUCUUUGCCAGUCAGUUUGAAGUUGACACUGUCAUAAUAUAUCUAGAUAAUCAGUGGGGUGUGAUUGUAUUGAGGUAAAUACUUUUGUAUGUGUCAUGCAUAAAUUCGUCGUAGAGUAAGUAAAAGACUUAUAAGAGCAAUGACUUUUGCAUAUU